UAUAAAAUAAGACAUAUUUAUAUUUACUACACCUUCGUGGUUAAUGAUAAUUUUCUACGCGUCGUAAAUUCAUCAUUGUAAUUUUGUGACAAAUUCUGCAAAUUUUGUCUUCUGUGUGACACCUUGCAGUUGAGUAAACAAAAAACAAGCAAGAUAAGCACUUUCUCUGACAAAAUAAUAUUUUACGGCAUAAUUCCGCGUUAUUCUGGGUAUUGUUUUGUUGCUACAACUUGCGCAAACAAUGCCCUACUUCGGGAAUUCCCUGACAUUCGGUGUAACAUCGAAAAGCAGACAAUUCUUGUGAAUGAAAUUUUGUGAUAAGAACAUCCAUAAAAUCUCUUCGUAUUCUCCCCCUCAAAUAUAUCAUUUGGGAGUGAUAAAAAGCCACAGAGUGAUAAGGAGUUCUUGUAAAGUUUAGUCAAGGAGUCAAAUCACAACAGGAAAAAUGUAUCAACCGCUUGAGAAGAAGAUUUCUCCCAUGAAGGAGUACAUCAACAUUGGAUUGGUUGUCCUCUCCUACUGGAUAAUCUCCAUGUUGACGGUGUUCAUCAACAAAACUCUUCUGAGCAGCGAUAUCUUCAGCCUCGAAGCUCCACUCUUCAUCACGUGGUCCCAGUGUGUUGUCUCUGCGGGCAUCUGCUUCACACUGAGUCGCCUCUCGCGGAUAUUCCCAAAUGCGAUCUACUUCCCAGAAGGAAAUCCCCUCAAUGUGGUCACGAUAAAGAACAUCCUGCCGCUGUCGAUUCUCUUCACACUGAUGAUUUCCACCAACAAUCUCUGCCUGAAGUAUGUUGGAGUGGCUUUCUACUACGUCGGCAGAUCCCUCACAACAGUGUUCAAUGUCAUCUUCAGCUUCCUGCUGCUGCAACAGAAAACCAGCGGCAGAUGCAUCAUGUGUUGCGUCGCCAUAAUCGCUGGAUUUUGGCUGGGAGUCGAUCAAGAAAGUCUCACAGAUUCAUUUUCCCUCAUUGGAACAAUCUACGGUGUCAUUGGCUCUCUUGCCCUCUCCCUAUACUCCAUCUACACCAAAAAGAGUCUAGUCUACGUGAACCAGGAAGUCUGGUUGCUCAGCUACUACAACAACGUCUACUCCGUUGUAAUCUUCCUGCCACUUCUCUUCAUUACCGGCGAAGUUCCCACUGUACUCUCCUACAAAUACCUCGGAGAACUCUGGUUUUGGCUUGCUCUUGGGGUCAGUGGACUCUGUGGCUUUGCCAUUGGCUACGUCACAGCGCUCCAGAUUAAAGUAACUUCCCCACUGACGCACAACAUCUCCGGCACAGCCAAAGCUUGUGUCCAAACUGUGAUUGCCACGGAAAUUUACAGCGAAAGUAAAUCCUUCUCCUGGUGGCUCUCUAACAUUGUCGUCCUCAAGGCUAGUGCUUUGUACGCGUGGUUCAAACAACGUGAAAUGCAGGUGAAAUUCCAAGAGGCCGAAGCAUCACAGAAGGUGUGAUGAUGAGACUUCCAUUACAAGGACAAGUUCAUGAAUGCUAAUAUAAUAGGAUUUAAAUAAAUUUAUAGAGACCUAAAA